AUGCCUUCCAGCGUCGCGCCUCCUUACUCGGACGCCUCCAUGACAUCGACUGUCUCAGGCCUCUCCUCUGCCUUGACGCGCACAUCUACCGCAUCGAUACAAGAGUGGACCUGCCCGUGCCUCAAUGUGCGACUUUCAUUAGCAGCAGAGUCUACACGGUCGUUUCGAGCGAGCAAUGGCAAGCCCUGGCUUGCUGAGCUCGCUUCAGACGAUGCCAUUCAUGUCAAGGUCCCUGAUCUCAUAUCUCGCGAAACCGUCAGUCUGGCACACCACACAAGCUUCGCCUGCGCCAAGUGCUUGAACUGCGAUACUUUUAUUUAUGCCGUCAACAAGCCUGCACCUCCAGGCCCAGCACGCUCGCUAGGCUUCAACACCUCGUCUGCCAGUUCGGGAGGUUCGGCAUCAGACGCUGCAAGCCCUUCGGCCGCAAGACAACUCCGCUCGCCCUCUCGAGAUUCGGCACCAACGAUCGACCGUCUCAACCCGCGCAAGAACGAGUCGCCAGUACGACCGAUCGACCGCAAGGUUUGGAUCCUGCCCGAUGCUCUGAGUCCAGAACAAGCUUCCAAUGCUGCCAAAAGCAAAGCUCUCUCUCCGGCUUUCGAGAUCUUGAUAGCUGGGUCCCACGCCUCUCUCUUCGAUAACGCGCCUCAAUCUUCCUCGCAUGCUCCUGCACUUGACACCGCCCGUGAGGCCACACCCACUCGACCGUCUGCUGGCCUCCACAAUCGGACUUCGAGCUACGGCUCAACCGCAAGCGCCGUUGCAUACUCUCUGCCAGCCGUCCCUCAGCAUCUCGUUUCGUCGCCUCCAGCUUCCCCUCGCGUCGGAACUCCCUCGACGAACGCUCCUAUUUCCCCCGGCGCAGUAUCUUCUCCAGCACCUUCUCCGCUGGGAUCGAACUCUGUCUCAGCUCCUUCCGCUAAUCCGCUAGCGGUCCACCUCGACUCGAUUGCCAUUGAACGUCUCAAAGAUAUGCGGUCCAAGGCGGAAGCAGAGGUGUUUGAACUCGUCCGACAAAAGCGUCGCGAGAUGGAGCUGCUCGAAAAACGUCUCAGAGAAGAGGCAGAGUCGCUCCUUGCCGUGACAAAAGCAUCCAAACAGAGCAAGAGCAAAGGCAGCAACAGCGCUUCGACUGCAGCUUUGAUCGAAAGAGCCCUUCUCGAACAGAACCAGCAGCAGUCGCACCCUCUCGGCGAGUCUGGGCGAGUCAACAUUGGCGAUGACGCAAAGCAGAGUACGACCCCGACCCAAUCCAAUGCAGCUGCAGUCACGUACGCUCGGACGAGCCGGCCGUCUGCACCACGCGAUGCCGGCGCUGUCCAAGCCAGCGUCUCGGACAACGGCCGUCGCGACAGUCUCCAUGACGAGUAUUCAGAUCUCCCGCCUUCGGCGUUCGAAAGACGACCUACCUACACGAAUCCCACCAAUGGCACCGCUUCCUCGCACAAUGCCGGCGCACAAACCGCGGUAGCCUCUUCUCUGGGCGGCCUCAGUGCGUCCUUUGCCAUGCGCGGUCGCGAUCUACCAGCUCAGAUGCAGGACUGGGCAGAGAAGAGGCGUCUACGAGAGCGUUAUCCGCAAGGCGACCACUCUGCACUGCCGUCCGCUGCCAACUCCACUGUCAACUCGGCUGCCGGCUCCAUCGUCGACUCGGAGGAAGACACGUGGACGGCCCAGAAUGGAGCGAGCCUUGCUCCUGGUCGACGCAGGACCAGGGAGAGCAGCGCCAACACUGAAGACGACGGUGAAAUGGACCAGAGAGGCCGAGGUCGCCAGCCCUCGCGUCAGCGUGGCGGUUCUUCGUCCCGAGAACCCCGAGAGCCUCGCCACGCUCGUGAUGAGCAGCAAUCGCAGCAACCCCCAGUCACCACAAGCGGCGCCGGUCAAGCACGGCUAUCUGAGGCUCGUCAAGAUUCAGGGCGUGGCCGGACUGGACGAUCUUCUGCCGGCCUGUUCAAUCCGCCGCCUGCAAUGUCUUCGUCUCUGCUCACCAAACGGCCCGCGUUGGCUUUCGUCGACGAUGGCCGUGACGCAGAUGAGAACACGCCAUCUGUAGGGGGCAAGCUCAUUUCGCCUCAAACGGUUGCAGAACCUUCGGCUCAGGUCACACUUCGUCCCCGGGGUCCGCCUCCUUCUACCGCCGAGCCGCUCAAGCCUGCAACUCGCAGUACCGCCAAUGCUGCCAAUGUCGACGAUGACCGUCGCGCACGCCCUACUGGUCCGGGCGCUUUAUCUGAUCCCGCUGCGACCAGCAGCACCCGCGGUCAAGACAGCCCUAAGUCACACAAGGCGGCCGAGAAGAAAGUCGCCUUUGCAGAGACCGAAGACCGCGUCGACCAUGAAGUCAUUUCGGACGAAUAUGACGACGACGGUGACAACGAUGAAGAAGAGAGUCAAAGUGUCACUCUGCAGCAAUCGAGCGUUGCUUCCGUUGCAAAUCGUGCUCGCGAGGCCAAGGCGCCCCUGGUGGACGAGUCCGCCGACGCGGUGUUCGAGAUUGACGAAGAGACAGAAGAAGCCGAUGCGGACGACAACAGUCAGGUGGAAGAGCCGCAGCUGUCUCCGGAAGACGAUGAUCGACACAAGGUCGAAAUGUCCCAGACCGGUCUCCGUACAGGGGCAUCCGGACGACCGCGGGGCCAGGCAGACGACCAGCUGCCCGGCUUCGAGGACGAAGCCGUCGAUCACUCGUACAGCCGACGUGGACCUGGUUCCGGUUCCCUUUCCGAUGACUUUCGUUCUUCAUCAUCGGACGACGAUGAGGACGCAGUUCCGCCCGGCUUUGGCGCCGCCUCGUUCAGUGCCCUCGCAGCCAGUCAGAGCGCCAUGCACACGCUGGCCUCUUCGUUGGCUCGAGCCCAUGCCGACGACUCAGGCUUUGACCCUGCUUCGCUUCGCAUGGAUGGCCGUGUCGUUGUCCCUCCUCCCUCGGUGUCGAACCGAGACCUCGAGGCGGACUCGGAGCCAUUCAUUGUUGGCUCUCUUCGCAGCUCGUCUCGUCGAAUGAGCGUGCAGCUUCAGCCUAACACUUUGUCGUCGAGUCGUCAAGGUGUUGACGCGGCUGAUGGUGUGCAAGGCCAAGCUCCUGGCAGUGUUUCGAGCAGCGGACGUCAUCCGCGAUCCUCAUCUCGGACUCGCAUCAGCAACAUGUCGAAGGAGGAUGCCGACACUGAGGUGCGACUCUCGGGUCUGCUUGCUCCUAACGCACCCUCGCACCGCUCGCUGUGGUCGCCAAAAGAGGCCAAGGCUCGACGCGCCGGCAAGCACAAGUACAAGCUCAACGACGAAGACAAUCUCAAGUGGGAUCUCUGGAAGCGCAAGGUAGGCUCUGGUGAUGCGGCCGACCCGAAAAGACCCGCCGAGGCUGCUUCCCAGGCUUCGGAACGCUCGACACCGAUGGCCGUUGCGCCGCCCACGCAGUUCAUUGCUGCGGGCAGCGGGAUCGGACCGCGACCUCUGCGAGAAGCCACUAUGAUCGAUCCCGACUAUUCCAAUUCUAUCACCGCCUUUUCCGCCUUUGACCGCCAUUUGCAAGCACGAGCAGCUGCAACUGUUGACGAUUCAGCUCCGGCCACUGUCUCAGGCGGCCUCGCGAUUGGCAAAAAGACCUGGGGCUACGGAUCGUUCAAAGACGACACUAGCGGAUUUGAAACGGAGCCCAAGACGUCGCUUCCGUACAAGGAGAAGAUGAUGGUUCCUUCGCUGCGCAAGGCACUACGACGCAGCAUCUUUGAACCCGAACCACACGCCAAGCUCGAGACUAUACCUGAUGCGGACGAUGCCGCUACCAGUGUGAGCGCCGGCAAAUCGACUGCUCAACCGAACGCCAUUGCUCAGCCAAUUGCACGCACAGGUGUUGCCAGUGGCGGUGCGGGAGCAGAGCACAAAGGAGCUCUUCCGUCCAGUGUCAUCACUCGAGGGUUCCAAAUGCCAGGUGCUGCGGGUGUUGCGAGCGCCGCGUCCGGAAUUACGACUGCCAAGUCCGUUCCAGUGCCUUCGGCAUCGCUGCCUGCAGCGGCGCGGGUGCAGACUGGCCUUGGUAUCCCCUCCGUCGCCACUUCGGGCAAGUCGACGGUGGUGACCGGCGAACAUGUUACGCGGGACGCUGCAGUGGGACCGUCGCUUCCCGGUUCUGGCGCGGCAACACCCACCAGCUUUGGUCGACGAUCUCCGCGACCACCGUACGUCGCGCCUCCACCGCCCACCUCUGCCACGACGGUGCUCGAAAGCAAUCCGGCGCAGCACCCUCGCCCGCUCUCGCUCUUCCAGGUCGCUGCCGACACCAGCUUCCGUCUGCACGAAGAAGGGGAGGAGGAGGAGACCGACGAAGGCUGGGCCAAGGUGCUCAAGUUUAUGCACGUUGUCGAGCAGCUCAAGACGAACAAGCGCACAGGUUGGUUGCAUCAUCGCGUGCCGGGGCCGGAGUCGAUUGCGGACCACAUGUACCGCAUGGCGAUGCUGUCGCUGCUGUGUCCUGCCGAGUCGGACGUCGAUCUGGGCAAGUGUGUCCAGCUGGCUGUUGUGCACGAUCUGGCCGAAGCCGAGGUGGGCGACCUGACGCCGUUGGAUGGAGUGGAUAAGCACGAGAAGAUGCGCAGGGAGAAGGAGGCGAUCCAGUACUUUGUGCACGACCUGCUGGGGUCGUCGGCUGCCGGAUUGCGGAUCGAGGCGCUGUGGGAGGAGUACGAGGCGAGGAAGACCAAGGAGAGCAAGCUGGUCAAGGAUCUGGAUCGGUUCGAGUUGGGGUUGCAGGCGAUCGAGUAUGAACAGAGGCGUGUUUUACGACGUCGAAAAGAUGAGGAGGCGUCAGUCGCGGGAGAGAUCUCAAUCAAGCAGACUGUUGGGAAACGUGGGUGA